ACACACCCCCCCUCCAAAAAAAAAUCCCCCCGUCCGUGAAACGAGACGCGAGCCUUCUCCGACGGCGACGGUGCCUGCCUCCUCCUCACUCCGCCCACAGGCCCCGCCCCAGCAGCCGCGCCGUCCGCCGCUGGUUCUUCCUCGAAGCCGUACCAGCCGAGCCGGUCACUCCUCCUCCGACCCCGACGCCGGCUCAUCCCCUGCCGCCGCCGUCGACGCCGCCUCAUCCCCUGCCGCCGCCGUCGACGCCGCCUCAGCUCCUGGUGCCUCUGACCCACAGGCCCUCCCGGCAACCUGCCCUUAUUUACGUUUCUUGUCAGAAAGACAGCGGGUAAAAAUCCGUGAUAUACGUUGUGAUGGCAGCAAAUGCAUCAGGUAUUAUCUUCGUUUUGUGUACUGCAUUAUUUUUUUGGACAUGUCCUUUGUGUACUUUAGCAUCUUAUCCAGUAACAAUCAGUGACAAGCUGAGGCUCUUCUUGUGUCACAUAGAAUGCGUCAAAGAGAGUUCGGUAAAAUGUCUGCCUCUAUAAGUUUGUGUUAUAUUAACACCUGCAAUCGUUCUUCUAAUUUUACUCCAGGUCAGUCCCAAGAAAAGAAGAAAACAAAAGAGAAACAGCCUAUGAAGAUACACUAUGACCUGUUAAACCUAAGGAUGAACCAGGCUGAACAGAAAGUGACUUGUGAGCUUAUGAUGCCAGCAAAGUUACCAGAUUUCUAUAACCCUCCCCUUGGUGCUGAUCCGGUUGUCCUCCAUGUGAAACAUCCAACCCAAGACAAGCAUUCUGUUACUUUAAUGAGGGAUUGCUUACAUAAGAACCUUCUGCAUGCAAAACUUGUUAGUGACAAAGAUUCAUAUCUGCUAGUCUUUACUGACCGAUACACAGGAAUGUUAACAGCAUACUUCAAGUCAACUGAACCAUUUGUAGCUAAGUAUGCCGAACCGGGCCGGAUACCAUUCCCGUCCGCUAAGCUUCAAAGUGUUGUGAGUCAAAUGCUUGAUGGUUUGAAGGGACUGUGGCUCUAUGACAAGUACCAUGGAAACUUGAGAUUGGACAACACAUACUACUAUAAGACAAAAGAUGGUGAUGUCGUUGUGAAGUUGGCAAGUUUUAAAUGUCAAGGUACUAAACUUAAAGACCCUGCAAAAAAGGGAAAAGAUAAAACAGAGACUGUUGCACAUUAUCAGGCGAAAGAUUUACAAGCAAUGGGCACUGCGCUGGAAGAAAUAUCUCAAAUGGCUAGUGAUUUGAGUGAGAAAGGCUAUCUGUUGGAUUGCAGACAGAUUGACCACCUUGCCGAAAGACUAAAAGAAGUGUCCAAGGGAGAGAUGCAUUAUAUCAUGGAUGAGAUUAGAACUUGUCCCUUUUUUUGGACUCGAGUUGAGCGAAAAUAAUUUUUUGUUUCUCAAGUCCCCUUGGCUAUGCUCAGCAACUCCAACAAAGCAAAAAUUGAUGCAGAACAGGACGUGUGUACUUUGCCUUGGAACAAUGAUGACUACGAUGGUUUCCUUGACCUGAUGAUUAAGUACCAAGAAAGGAAUAACCUCGGUGCAUAUGAUUUUAACAGCAGGGUCUGUUAUGUGCAGUUUAUUAGUGGUAUUUAUACUCAUGAGGUGGAGUUGAAGAAUCCAACUGCUUCAGUGGAUGCGACUGUCAUUUCAAGGAAUCAUGGUGUUUUUCUGGUACUAUACUCUUUACUGCCACGACCUCCAAGACCUGUUAACCAGGGGUGAUGUUAAGAUGGUAAAGCAUGCAAGACCAGAGAUGCCAGUGACAGUUAGCAGUUCGAGGACCGUGGCUGCUGUAACAAGGCUUAAAGUAACUGCAGUAUGAUGAGUCGUUUUGCUAGUUUCGACUCCUCCAGGACUACUGAUGAGUGAUGGCUCUAUUGAUUCCUCCAGGACAGCUUCUUCUGCUAGUUUAUGUGAAUCUAAAGAUUACAUGUUGCCACAGAAUCAUUGGUGAAAUUGUUACCAUCUGUGAGUGUUGUUAUGUGGCACCGUUGAGACGUGUUGUUGUUCAUGGUCAUCUAUUUUGAGAUGCUGGCAUGGUGGUAAAUACCAGACUUUUGAUGUACCAGUGCACGACAUUGCAUUGGUUUGCCUUGGCAUACUGCCAGUAAA